GAUACGCAUACCUCCUACCCUGUUGGGAACUUGCAAGCUUCCACCUUCUCCCUCAUCAUCAUCAUCAUCAUCAAAUCAACCUUUCCCUUAUCAAUCCCUUUUUAUAUUAAUUUUCUUUUAUCAACUUUUUCAACGUUCUCCAAGGCACUUCAUGCCCAUGGUAUCGCUACUAUUUCGCGUAUAAUAGUAGAGCAUCGCCAUGGCUCGAAUAUCCACAUUCGUUGCCGGCGUUUUCCUGCUAGUCAGCACCGCCGCUGCAGACCAGCUCUAUACACCGAAACAUGAACCUGGGCGCUGCGCGAUACGAGGUCAUUGUGGAAAGAAGAGCUUCUUCGGAAAGCAGGUACCCUGUGUCGAUAAUGGAUUAGCUACCGCCCCCGAUGCCGAGUUCGCUAAAGAAAUCGAAUCUCUAUGCGGUCCCAAAUGGAAGGACAGCAAGGUCUGCUGCAGUCCUGACCAGCUCCAUGCGCUCAAGUCCGAAAUGUCCACUCCAAACCAGAUUAUCGGCUCCUGUCCCGCGUGCAAGGACAAUUUCUAUAACUUGUUCUGCACAUUUACUUGUUCUCCCGAUCAGUCCCUAUUCGUCAACGUAACCAAGACGCUGGAGAAGAAUGGGAAAACUUUGGCCGCCGAGGUAGACCAGUUGGUGUCUCAAGAGUACGGUGAAGGUUUCUAUAACAGCUGUAAGGAAGUCAAGUUUGGUGCUUCGAAUUCCAAGGCUAUAGACUUCAUCGGGGGUGGCGCAAAGAACUACACCCAGCUGCUAAAGUUCCUGGGCGACGAAAAGCCCAUCGGGUCGCCGUUCCAGAUCAACUUCCCAACGGAAUAUUCAGAACCGAACAUGGCCCCGAGGGAAAUGAAGCCGAAGAAGUGUAACGAUGAAGAUCCGAACUUUCGGUGUUCGUGUGUCGACUGCCCCGCGGUGUGUCCGGAGCUUCCGGAUGUAGAACAAUCGGGAUCCUGUCGGGUUGGCGUCCUGCCUUGCCUAUCGUUUGCCUCGAUAUUCACUUACGGUGUACUACUCUUCACGCUCAUCCUCGCCCUUGUCGGCCACGUUGCUUGGAUGAAGCAUGCGCAACGGAGAAGCGAGCGUCUCCAUUUGCUUCAAGCCGCUGAGCCUAGCGAUGAUGAAGAUGAGGGUGACCUUGUUAGAAACACGGCUAUGUUAGAUCAACCUCAAAGAAACUACCCUAUCAAUGCUUGGUGUGAUACCGCUUUUAGCAAGCUCGGCCAUAUAUGCGCAAGGUUUCCGGCAAUGACAAUAUUUACCAGCUUACUGGUGGUCAUCGUUCUCAGUCUUGGCUGGAUCAAAUUCGCCGUAGAAAGGGAACCCGCAAGAUUAUGGGUUAGCCCAGACUCGCCAGCAGCACAGGAGAAGGCCUUCUUCGAUGAGAACUUUGGGGCAUUCUACCGUGCGCAGAAGGUCUUUGUAGUGAACGAUGUUCAAGAAUCCGGCCCGGGUCCAGUACUUAGCUACGAGACAUUGACGUGGUGGUCUGAAGUUGAAGCUAGUGUGAAGCAACUGAAGGGCAAAGAUUUUGGUACCACAUUUCAAGACGUUUGCUUAAAACCAACUGGUUCUGCUUGCGUCGUGCAGUCCCCGACUAUUUAUUUCGACGGCACAAGGAAUUGGAAACCCCAAUUCAAAGAAUGCGCCGAGUCUCCCGUUAACUGCCGCCCCGAUUUUGGACAACCAGUCGAGCCAAAUAUGAUCGUGGGUGGUUAUGACAGCAUCGAUAAUAUCACUGAAGCGCGCGCCUUCACAGUAACUUGGGUUGUGAAUAAUCAUCCUGAGGGUAGUCCAGAACUUGCUCAUGCUAUGGAUUGGGAACAGUCCUUGAAGAAUCGACUCCUAGAAGCUCAAAAAGAAGCUACGAAUCGCGGUCUACGUCUUUCUUUCUCUACGGAGGUUAGCUUGGAGGAAGAGUUAAACAAAUCCACCAACUCGGAUGCGGCUAUCAUCGUUAUCAGUUAUAUUGUCAUGUUUUUAUACGCUUCAAUUGCCUUGGGUUCGACCAGUAUGACCAUCCGGGAGCUGUUGAGGAACCCAGCUGUGGCCUUAGUCCAGAGCAAGUUUACGCUCGGUCUUGUUGGUAUCUUGAUUGUCUUAAUGUCUAUCACCUCUUCUAUUGGGUUGUUCUCAUGGGCAGGUGUCAAGGCCACACUCAUCAUCGCCGAAGUCAUCCCUUUCAUCGUCCUAGCUGUUGGAGUGGACAAUAUCUUCUUAAUUGUUCACGAAUUUGAGCGUGUCAACCUGAGCCACCCUGACGCGAUGGUUGAAGAAAGGGUAGCUAGGGCACUUGGACGAAUGGGUCCUUCUAUACUCUUUUCAGCAAUUACAGAAACUGUAUCGUUCGCUCUCGGCGCGUUUGUUGGGAUGCCCGCGGUCCGAAACUUUGCCAUAUACGCUGCGGGUGCGGUUUUCAUCAAUGCUUUGCUCCAGAUGACGCUCUUUAUAUCUCUCCUGUCUUAUAACCAGAUGAGGACCGAGGAUCACAGAGCGGAUUGCUUCCCGUGCUACCAGGUCAAGGCAGCUCGCGUUCACCUCAGCGGCAGCAACGGGUCCGGUGGCCCUCGCCCAUAUGAUAUCCCAGACGAGAGCUGGUUACAGCAAUUCAUUCGAAAACAUUACGCGCCUACUCUGCUUGGUAAGAAGGUCAAAGCUUUCGUUAUCGCUAUUUUCCUCGGUCUGCUCGCCGCUGGUGUUGCUUUGAUCCCAUAUGUUCAACUUGGCUUGGAUCAGCGAGUUGCCCUACCUGAUGAUUCGUACCUCAUUGACUACUUCAAUGACAUGUACAAUUACUUGGACAGUGGCCCGCCCGUUUACUUCGUUGCCAAGGGCCUCAACGUGACUCAGCGCGACGGGCAGAGACAACUUUGCUCGCGCUUCACAACGUGCGAACAGCUAUCACUCACAAAUAUACUCGAACAAGAGCGGAAGCGACCAGACGUUUCGUAUAUUUCCUCCCCAACCGCUAGUUGGCUCGACGACUUCUUCCUCUGGUUGAACCCCGAUUUUGAGAGCUGUUGCAAGGAUGGCCGCCAAUCCUGCCUUGCCAAUCGUGAUCCGGCUUGGAAUAUCACCCUUCAUGGUAUGCCCGAAGGCGAGGAGUUUGUCCAUUAUCUACAGAAAUGGCUGCACUCCCCAACCACCGACACGUGCCCUCUAGCCGGACAGGCGCCUUAUAGCCAGGCUCUCGUCGUCGACGAAGAAAAGGUUGCCAUUCCUGCGAGUCAUUUCCGAACGAUGCACAAGCCUCUCCGCAGCCAAGACGACUUUAUCAAUGCCUACGCGUCGGCUCGUCGUAUCGCAAAUGAAGUAAGCGCAAGCACGGGAGUCGAAAUAUUCCCUUACAGCGUCUUCUACGUCUUCUUUGACCAAUACGCCAGCAUCAUCAGCCUUACCGGGACACUUCUUGGCUCCGCGAUAGCCAUGAUAUUUGUCGUCUCCUCUAUUCUCUUAGGCUCCAUUAGGACGGCACUUGUCGUCACACUGACCGUCGUCAUGACUGUUGUGGAUAUCAUCGGCGCCAUGGCGGUCUUCAACGUCUCGCUCAACGCCGUUUCGCUCGUAAACUUGAUCAUCUGCGUCGGUAUCGCCGUCGAAUUCUGCGCUCACAUCGCCCGCGCCUUCAUGUUCCCGUCGGGCUCCGUCAUGGAACGCGCUAAGAACCGUUUCCGCGGCCGCGACGCCCGCACCUGGACGGCCCUCGUCAACGUCGGCGGGUCGGUCUUCAGCGGUAUCACCGUCACGAAGCUGCUGGGCGUGUGCGUCCUCGCCUUCACGCGCUCCAAGAUCUUCGAGAUCUACUACUUCCGCGUGUGGCUCGCCCUCGUCGUCUUCGCCGCCACCCACGCCCUCAUCUUCCUGCCCGUCGCCCUCUCGCUCGUCGGCGGCGAAGGGUACGUCGACCCGGAGAGUGAGGGCGGACUGCCCGAGGACCUCGCCAAUAGGCGGUACAGGGCCCUUAUUCCCGACGACGACGACGAUGACGAGACCGAUUCGGAAGACGAUGACUGAGUAAAACUGUCCAGUUUUGAAGUUCAAAGCAAAGCAAAGCAAAGCAAA